AUGUCAGGGCCGAUGGAAGCCAAGGUGCUGGGCAGCGGCGCUGCCGAAGCGGCCAGGAUGAAGAGCAUCAACAGGGCCAUGGCCGGUCUGCAGCGAGAAGGCAAGUGGCGUGCAGCUUCCGAUCUGCUUCAGGUGCUUGCGUCGAUCCUGCUUACACCAGAGGUGGUAACCUUCAACUCGGCUGUGAACAGCUUCCGCGGCGACAAACACUGGAGGCAGUCCAUGGAGCAGCUCCGAGCGAUGGAGUCACUGCAGACCAGACGAGAUGUCAUCACCAUCAACUCGGCCAUCAGCUGCUGCCAGGGCGAGGCUGAGACAACGUGGAAACAAGCCAUGUCGCUGCUUUCUACCUUGGCUUGCACGAAAAUGCGACCUUCGCUGAUCUCUCGCAGUGCCUGCAGCAGCACUUGUGCCAGGGCAGUUGCCUGGGAAGCAGCUGUCCGACUUCUUGACGAGCACUCGAACGAUAUCUGCAUCAAUGCCGUCCUGUCUGCCUGCGCUUCUUCGGUGCAGUGGGAAGCUGCCCUUGAGAUCCUCAGCACUUGGCAGGGCCUGGCCAACACGGUGAGCUUCAACAUCGUUGUCUCCAGCUGCUCGAAAUCAUCGCAGUGGCAGCUGGCAUUGAGCACCUUCGACUCCAUGUCUAGCCGAGGAGCCCAGCCCACAACUGUAACCUACGCUGCCGUCAUCUCGGUCUUGGCAAGGAUGUCCCUCUGGCAACCAGCACUAGCAGUGUUGGAGGAGAGUCACCAGUGUGCCGACGUCGUGACAUAUGGAUCCGCUAUUGACGCCUGCCUGGGUGCUUGGCGAGCCUCAGCCGGCCUCCUCGACACGAUGGUUUGUCGCAGGGUGAUCCCGGAUUUCGGCUGCUGCCGGGGAGUUCUACUCUCUGUGGAGAAUGCGGGGCAAUGGCGCAAAGUCCUGGAAUUAGGGCGUGCCCUGUGCCAGCAGAACCUCUACAGCCAAGAGAUGGCCAACAUUCACUCCAUUGCUGCAGCACAGCGUGGGAGCGCGUGGCGCUGUGUGCUGCAGAUUUUUCAGCUGGGGUCGCCAGACUUCCAAGAAAGGACACAGAACCUCGGCCUGGCAGCUUGCGAGGAGGGAAGCUGCUGGCAACUGGCUCUGACGCUCCUUUUGGAUGCGAGCGCCGCUGAUGUGUUUGCCUACACUUCCGUCAUUGGGGCCUGUGCGAAAGCUGCUCACUGGCAGGCAGCGUUGGCAACACUUCAAGCCAUGAGGGCAGCUGCGGUGCAGCCGAACACUGUCACGUGCAACUCCUUGGUGGAUGCCAUGGCCAGUUCCUCUGGCCAGUGGCAGCGAGCUCUCAGCAUUCUCUCCGGGCUGGCGCAGCUCGAGGUCCAGUCAGAUGAGAUCACCUGGACCUCGGCAAUCCGAGCCUGCGAGGUCUGCAGCGAGUGGCAGUGGUCCAUUGCUCUGUUGGACGACAUGUCUGCCUGGAACAUUAUGCCGAACAUUGUCAGCUACGCAUCUGCCGUUCGAGCCUGUCGGUGGAGUGAUGCUUGGCCCUGCGCCCUCGCGGUCAUGGAGAGGAUGGCCACCCAGACAAUCCAGACAGACCUACUGUUCUGCAACAUGCUUCUGAGCCUCCUGGCCAAGGCGGAGCAGUGGCGCUUGGCUUGCGAACUUCUGGCUACGAUGGCUUUGGAACACGUGGCCACGCGGACGUGA